CUACUUAAAGCAAAUCCCGUUCUACCUGAUUCUACCCCGUUACACCCAAAGUGGAUACCUUACGUUACUUUGGUUCCACUUGUUUUUUAAUUCGGUCAUAUUAGUUUCACCUGUUUGCAUUCUACAGGUUGUACCAUUUACUUCUUAUAUCGUCAUUUAUCUUUUCAUGACUGAUUUCAGUUCGGCAAGUGCGUAAAUCCGAAUAUUUUCUCCAUAAAAGAUGGCAUUUAGCGAGCUAGAAGAAAGAAUUAGUAAGAUCAGACAACAAAACGAAGAAAUUAAAAGAAGACACGAAGAAGUAGAGGAAGAUAAAAAGAAUGCUGCUAAACUAAAUGCUUUGGUACAAAUGGUACCGUCAACGGAUUGGCCAGAAAGGAAAGAGCCACCUGAAUAUUCAAAUCCGCCUAAAGCUACUCACAAACAAAAAUCUGCUACGAAGGAACAAUCGGAACAUGUUCAACAGCAUCAUCCUAAUGACAGAAGAAAAGGCGAAGGACCACCACCAGACCCUAAAUAUAAUUUCCUCGCUGAUGCCGAAAGAGAAGAAUAUAGCGUACCGAAUCAGAGAGACAAUACUGGAAAUAAGAAUCAUAAUAGAUCGGUACGGGGUAAUUUUAAAAAAAGAGGAAUGGGAAGAGAAGGACAACAAAGGGGUAGAACAUAUCACGGAGCUCAUAGAGACGAACACAAACCGGAGUACGAAGCUUGGCGAAAAGAAAGAAACCGCAUCGAUGAAGAUCGUAUCAGUAGACAAAAAACUGCAGAAGGCAACUGGCGCAGAGAAUGGGAUAAUGAUAAAGCUCAUUUAGUGAAUGAAAUAUCAAAAGGGGAAGGAAAAGUUACUUUAGGAGAUUUUACAAAAAAAGAUGGGAGAUAUUCGGACGGCAGUGGGUAUGCAGGGCAUAAUCGUGGUGCUUAUCAUAAAUCCUAUCGAGGAUCUCCUAGAAAUUUCCAUAAUAAUCAUGAUUAUCAUCAUAUGAAUUCGUAUGAUCAACAUAAUCAUGAUAUGUCUUCCAUGCCUCUUUCCGUGGACGAACGAACCGUUGUUGCGACAGAUAAAAGCAUCAAGGUAACAUUAAACCAAAGCAAUAUGACGAAGGGUCCUGUUAUGAGCGUCAAAGUCAAUUCACCAAGCAUAGCUGGUACAGGAAGAGUUGGUCCACGACAAAGAACUCGUGUUACAUAUAGUAGUCAUUCUGACAUGGAUACAAAUACGUACGAAAGUGGAUCAUUCUCGCGACAAAAAUCAUUCGAAGAUAAAACUAAAGGAAAUCAUUACAACAACGUGCAAAGGACUCCUAGCUUGAGAAGGCCUCAAUCGCAAAAAAAGAAAGAGAAUGGUGCUAAAUCUCCGUUUUCGCAACGAAAGGAAUUUAGAAAGGAAGCUUCAUCUGCGAAUUCAUCUAAACAUUACGAAAAUGGAUCACAACAAAAUUUUGUACGAAAAGAAUACAAGGAUUCACAAAAGUUUCAUUAUCCACCGAAAUCAUCGAGAACGUCGCAGAAAAAUACGAAAAUAUCGAAAGACGAUUCGGUUAGUGUGACAAACGAGAGCUCGAUCAAAGAUGAGAAAAAGGUGGUAGUAAAAGUAGAAAACGAUACUUCGAUCGAGUCGCCAAAAGUAAAUAUAGAAUCUCCAAACGAAAUAAAAGAUGACGAAAGCUCAACUGUCGUCGAGAAAGAAUCGAAGAGUGAUACUGAUGAAAAUAAUGAUAUUAUUUUGAAAAAUUCUGAAUGUUCACCUUGUAACGAAGAAACGGUGAAUGAAAAAACCGAAGACUCGUGUCAAGACGUAAACAUCAUUUCUAUUACUAAACAAGAUAGCGUUAGUACUUCCGAAGACGAACAACACAUGGACGAAGAAAAGAACGAAGAAAAGAACGAAGAUAAUUCAAUCGUUUCGUCACAGACGGCGCAAGAUAUUAAUAAUGAUGUGAAAAAUGCAAAUGAUGAAAAUAAAGAAAUUGAUAACGCGACUACAAAUAGUCACAGUCCUGACAAUAACACGAGUACUCCUGAUAUCACUCCUGAUAUCAAUCAAGAUGAUACGAAAAUUAUUGAAUUGGUCGUUCAAGAUAACGUGUCUAACGCGAAUGAUGAAAAAACGAAAGAAUCGCCCGAGGAAAAUAUGAAUCAGAGUAAUAACCAAAAUGAUAUUGUUGCAACGACUUGUGAAAAAAUAUCUGAGAUUAUUGUAGAAACUCGUUCUGAAACAUUGCCUGUUACUGACACAUCUGUGAUGGCUGUCGAGGAGAAUGAUGUCACACAUUGUAAUAAUGAAGUUCCAGUUGAAUCUAUAAAUAAUAUAAAUGAUAAAAAUACUAUUGAAAGUUCUGAAGACACAUUGCCAAUAUGCAUUGAUAAGGUAUCGUCCGCUCCAGCUGACAUAAUAAAAAAAGAUAACAAUGAGACAUUUGAGGAAGCAAUAGAAAAAAAAGAAUUGCAAAGUAAAAUCGUCGAGUCAGUUGCGGAGGAUAAACCCAUUGAAAGUGAAAUUACGCAAGCUAAUCCUGAAAAUUAAGAAAACUGAUAUAAAAAAUAAUCCAUUCUACUAAAUAUCGUCAACAUAAAAUAAGUAAAUAUAUACUAAAAUCGUAAAAAAGAAAAAAAAAAAGAAAAAGAAAUCAGAAAUGCAAUGCAUUCAGAUUAUAACAAACGAAAAAUUUAGCUGCUGCACAAAUUAUAUUUUUAAAUGUUGUUUCAAUUAGUUAUAUAUAAAUAAUAGUUAAAAAUGAAACGUUGUUUCUAUAAUUUAUAAUUACGUUGGUAAUCUUUUGCUAGUGAUAUAACGAUUAUUAAUUUGGGAUUCACAUAAACAUUCAACAGAAACAUAUUCUAAUCAAUUUGAUAUAAGUUUAUAUGUUUAAAAUUUCUAUGAAAAUUCAUUUGUAUUUUUAGAAUUGCGUUACAACAUUUAUAUAAUAUUUUCAAUUACUAUUAUUAUAUAGCAUUAUGUUCAUUUUUUUUUAUGAUUACAAAGUCUAAUGUGAUUUUUCGAUAAAUUUAACUUGCUGAUGUUGCAUCAAUCAGAAAAGGAUAGUAUUUUUAUGUAUUUUAGUAGACUAUCGAAAAAUAUUUUUAUAAUUCGCUUCUAGAAUCAGCAAAUUAAAGAAAAUUAAGUCACCCCUAUAACGAUAUAAACUGGGAUUAGUCUGUCGAGAAAGUUUCUAAUUUGGAUCAAUGCCAAUGCCAAACAAUAAUCAUUUUAUUUUAACCGAAUAAUAAUAAUUAUUGUUAUUUUAUUUUAUA